AGAGUUAUUUAAAUAGUCUGAAGCUUGUCACACCGGUUCAUCUUUGCCAGCACAUAACAGACUAAAGCUUAUUUAAUUACAUUAGUUUCAUCGGUUUCAUAGUUCAUUUUUAAUUGAUUUCAUUAUUUUGGCAGUUGAUUGACUUUUUUACCAUUGGAGCCGCUGUUAUUGCUUUGAUUUUUCAUCUUUAGCCAGUCAAAUCCACUCUUCUGUCAUUACAAGUGACAAGUGAUAAUUUGUGUACUUAUACAUAUAUAUAUUUGUUGUAAUUGAUUUUCAUUAUUAACCAAUCAUCCUAAUUUAACAAUGGCCAGUUUCCGCAAAAGCUUACUAAUAACUGAUGAACAGAGGGAAGAGCUGUGUGAAAAAUUUCAAACGAUCGAUCAAGAUGGAAAUGGUUCUAUCGACAUGCGAGAAUUGAAAGCAGCUCUGGAUAUUGUUGGAUUUAAAAUACCACAAUGGGAAGUCCGUCAAAUGAUUAGUGAAUUAGAGAAGCAAAAGAAGAUACAAAAGGAAGGAAAAUUGUCUUUUGAAGAGUUCCAACAAUUAUGUUAUGACUUGAAAUCAAAAGAUGUUGCCAACACAUUCAAGAAAGCUGUUACCAAGCCUGAAAAUUUGGAAACCAUCGGUGGAAUGUCAGCUGCAAGUUCCGCUGGAACAACUCAUUCAGUUCGUCAAGAGGAACAAGUGGCCUUCUCUGAUUGGAUUAACACUAAUUUAAAAAAUGAUCCUGAUCUUAAACAUGUUUUACCCAUUGACCCUGAAGGAAGGGAAUUAUACGAGAAAGUAAAAGAUGGUACUCUUCUGUGUAAAAUCAUUAACCAUUCAUGUCCAGAGACAAUUGAUGAAAGAGCAAUUAACAAGAAAAACUUGACCGUUUAUACAAAACAUGAAAAUUUAACUCUGGCCCUUAACUCAGCUCAAUCAAUUGGUUGUAAUAUUAUUAAUAUUGAUGCACACGAUUUGAGCCAAGGAAAGCAACAUCUUGUUCUUGGUUUAUUAUGGCAAAUUAUUCGUAUUGGUCUUUUUAAUCAAAUCACUCUUGAACAAUGUCCUGGUUUAGUUAGAUUGUUAAGACCAGAUGAAGAACUGUCAGACCUUAAUAAACUUUCUCCUGAAAAUAUUCUCAUUCGAUGGGUCAAUUAUCAUUUGGAAAAGGCAGGAGUUGACCGAAGAAUCAACAACUUUACCGGAGACAUUAAAGACUCAGUUGUGUAUACUCAUUUAAUCAAACAAAUUGCACCUCGAGGUAUACCAGUCUCCAUGGAAGCUUUAAUGGAACCUAACCAAGUUGAUCGAGCUGAAAUUAUGCUUAAACAAGCUGACAAAUUGGGAUGUCGAAGUUUCUUAACUCCAAAUGAUGUUGUUGAAGGUGUUUACAAGUUGAAUGUUGCCUUCGUUGCCAAUCUUUUCAAUACCCAUCCAUGUCUUGAUAAACCUGACGAGCCUUUAGAAUUGGUUGAUAUUGAAGAAAGUAGAGAAGAGAAAACCUACCGAAAUUGGAUCAAUAGUAUGGGUGUUUCUCCAUUCGUCAACUGGCUUUACAGUGAUUUAGCUGAUGGUCUUAUUAUAUUCCAGUUAUUUGACAUCAUCAAGCCUGGAGUUGUCAACUGGAAACGAGUACACAAGAGUUUCAGCAAUCUUCGAGGUUUCAUGGAAAAAUUGGAAAACUGUAAUUAUGCUGUCGAACUCGGUAAACAAUUGAGGUUUUCGCUCGUUGGUAUCGCUGGACAAGAUAUUGUUGAAGGAAAUCCCACUUUAACUUUAGCCUUGAUUUGGCAAUUAAUGAGGGCUUAUACUUUAAGUAUUUUAACACAAUUGGCCUCAAGUGGUGAUGCUAACAGCGAAGGAAGGGCCAUAGUUGAGAAAGAAAUUGUUGACUGGGCAAACAAUAAGCUGAAAGAAGCUGGUAAAACUAGUGUAAUCAGAAACUUCCAAGACUCUAGUAUAUCAACUGCAAUGCCGGUGAUUGAUCUCAUUGAUGCCAUUAAGCCAGGAUCAAUUAAUUAUAGUCAAGUUCUUACAGGUUCUUCUGCUGAGGAGAAACUCGCCAAUGCUAAAUAUGCCAUUUCAAUGGCUCGUAAGAUUGGGGCCAGAAUCUAUGCUUUACCAGAAGACAUUUCAGAACUUAAACCUAAAAUGGUUAUGACUGUUUUUGCGUGCCUUAUGGCCAGAGAUUACAUUCCAAAUAUGGGAAGUAAGGCCAGUCCAGCGGAGUAAAUAUUUGUAUAAGCUAUCCAUGGAUAUACAGUAUUAAACAAAAAAAUGACCAACUAGCUGGAAAUGGAAAUCAAACUAUACAUUAUUUUUAUUUUUACAUUAUCAACAUUUUGAGAUGAAAUUGAGAAAUGAUUCCUAUCUGCUUGAAGAUGAAAUUCAGUUUUUCCGAUUUUUUUAUUACUGAUCUAUUAUUUUUUUUCUAGAUUGGACCAAAAAACUAUAAAAGAGUGAAAAAAAGAGAGAAAGAGACAAUCAUUAUAAAUCAACUUUAAAAGAAAUUGCGUUUUCUUGUUUAAUUCCCUUGUCCAAAUUUAAUCGAGGAAUUCGCCUUUUCUCUAUUAAUUUCCAUAAACUAAUCAUUCCUUUGAUAUUGAUUAUCAUGUAAUAUGAGGGGAGCAGCUUUGAUGCUGUGCAUGUAUUGAUCACAAUAAAAAAUUUCAACGUUUUUAAUUUAA